AUGAGCAUCCCCAAUUAGGUUACCCAAUAGAGCCUAAUGUGUAAUAUGUAUGAUGAAAAAGUUCUUGUCAGUUCCAUUACGUAUACCAACAGAAUAACCUUAAGAAUAAGGUUUGUGUUCUCUUCUAAAUUUAGAUUAUUUGAAUAUUUACUCCUACCCCAGACAAGCAAAAAUUCAGCCAUUUUAGAGUGCCAUCUAUUAGGCUGCAAAUGUGUAUAAAUACCACAUAAAAAUCCUCUUAAUGAAUAAUUAUUUCAAUAUAUCUUUCUUUAUAUAUAUACUAAUCUUAGAUAAAUUAAUCCAUAUUAAUAUUUAUACACACAUUCGCUAUGCAAUUAUUCAAUACUUUAGCUUACAUUGCCGUCUCUGCUUACAUUGUUGCAGCAGAUCAAACUUUUCAAUUAACUGCUAAUGGUGGUUCACUUACUAACGUACCUGUUUCAACCUCAGGAAACUUAGUUACUUUACAAAAUGGUGAUGCUGGUACUUUCACUUUAGAAGAACCAUCUGGAUUCCUUAAGGAUGCUAGUGGAAACUAUUUACAAAAUACUGAAACAGGUAUAGUUUUAACUACUCUUGCUAAUGCUAGUAAAGAUUGGGGUUUAGUUAAUGGAAAUCAAUUAAGAUUUGGUGCUACUUCUGACAAUACCAAUUUCUAUGCUUGUCCUGCUGAUACUGGUUACACUUUAAGAACAUUUUCUGGUUCUGGUUGUACUCAAGUUGGUAUUACUGCUGGGGAUGUAACUAAUGAACCAAAUACUGUGAACCAACCCCUGAACCAACUCCUGAAGAACCAACUACUGAACCAACCCCUGAACCAACUUCUGAAGAACCAACCACUGAACCUACUUCCGAAGAACCAACUCCAGAACCAACUCCAGAACCAACUCCAGAACCAACUUCUAUUGUUCCAAGUUCUUACGAAGGUGGAGCUGCUGGUAAACAAGUCGCUGGUGGUGUUGCCGCCCUUGCUGCUGCUGUUGCUCUCUUCUUGUAAUCAUAAGAUUAAUCGGUCUUUUUAUUUCUAUUUCUACAAGAACAUUAUAAAUAACUGUUCGCUAAAAUUUAAUUUAUAGUUUACAUCGGUAUGUAUCAGUAAUAACAUGUCCCAUUUUUACUGCAAGAGAUUUAAAUAUUACAAGUAAUUAUGUAGAGAAUAUAUUAUGACUACCCAUUAACAUUAGUAAAU